UGUCGAAUCCGGAAUCGAUUGAUAUUUUCAUACUCCGUCUUACUGAAAACAAUUGACAGUACAGUAUACCUUCUGGGACAGAUACUCUUCAAAUUUCCGUGUAUUUCCUUUCUAUACCGUGUAUUAAGUGAAAGCAAGCCACCAUGUCUUUUUCUGGGUUCAAAAAACAAAUAAACAAGGCGAAUCAGUAUAUGAGUGAGAAGAUAGGAGGGGCAGAGAGGACAAAAAUGGAUGAAGAAUUCCUUGAGAUGGAAAAGACAAUAGACUUCACAGAGCAUGCAGUUGAUGAAGUAAUGGCCAAGACAGUUGAAUUUCUACAACCUAACCCAGUUGCUAGGGCUAAGUUGUCAACUUCUUUGACAGUUUCAAAGAUGAGGGGUCAAGCUAAGACUGCUCGUUAUGUUCAGGCUGAAAGUAUUCUAGGAGACUGUAUGGUAAAGAGUGGCACAGAAUUAGGAGAAGAUUCUUCCUUUGGUCACGCCUUGGUGGAUUGUGGUGAAUCCAUGAAACAGCUUGGCGAUGUGAGAGACAGCUUUGAUAUCAGUGUUCGGCAAAACUUCCUUGAACCUCUCAAUCACCUGAAACAAAAAGACCUCAAGGAAGUCAACCAUCACCGUAAAAAGGUUGAUUCAAGACGUCUGGACUUCGACUUCAAAAAAAAGAAACUUGCUAAAGGAGUUGGCAAUAAUGUUUUUGGUAUGUUGGGUACCACUAGUGCAGAAGGAUCAAAUCUCCCGGAGGAUGAGGUUAGGGUGGCAGAGGAAAAGUUUGAGGAAUCACUGCGGCUUGCUGAGGAUGGCAUGAAGAACAUUAUUGAAAGUGAUGUUGAACAAGUAAGACAAUUACAAGCUUUAGUAGAGGCACAACUAGACUACCACAGACAAGCAAUGGAGAUAAUGGAGAGACUCCAAGAAACCUUAGAGGACAGAGUCACGGAAGCUGAAGCCCGCCCUCGCAUGGAGCGUAAACCUUUGAGAUCAUCUAAGAAUUCCUACAAUAAUGACAUGAAUGGUGCAGUGAAAAAUGAGUACACAGAUGCAACCUUCUCAGUCCCACCGCCAGCAGCUCCAACUUUUGAUGUUUUUAGCACUGAUUUUGAAGAGGUCUUAGUAAACGACAGUAAUGAAGGAGAAGAUUUCAUUGGCUAUUCAGUCAAUAGCAACACAAAUGCAGGUGGUCCUUCAGAGUGCUGCAAGGCUCUCUAUGAUUUUGAGGCAGAGAAUGAUGGUGAGCUGGACUUCAAAGAAGGUGACAUCAUUACCAUCACACAAAAAAUAGAUGAGAAUUGGUUAGAAGGAUCCAUCGAUGGACGAACAGGUUUCUUCCCAAGCAAUUAUGUUGAAGUUCAGAAUUUAUAAAAAUGUAAACGAGUAACAUUGGUUUUCCAUAACUACUUUUUACAAAGAAACACUGUGUGUUUGUGAGAUACACCUAAUAACACAGUUUGUAUUUGUACAUAGACACAUACGUUUUGUGUUUGUCUGGUACAUAGACAAGUAAAGUUUGUAUUAAAGGAUGUUUGUAACAAUGUUAUUGCAUAUGAAGAAAGAUAUUAAAUGAUUGUUUUAUAAAUAAAAAAUAUUAAAGGAGUUGGGUAGGAAGCACCAAAUGUUGACAUGAAAUAAUUUAACAGUGAUUCUCAGAUACAAAUGAAACUUUAUAUUUGAGAAGAAGAAGUUGUUGAUGUAUUUGUAAAGCAUAAACUGCAUAUACACAUUUGUAUUUUACGAUAGUUAAUUAAGUGCAUUUUGUAAGUGUACCCUUUACAAUUUAGGUUAAAAAAUAUAUACUUAGGGUAAAAUAUGGUUAGGCCGUGUUUACUAAUACAGUAAAGUUAUUAUUUAAUCUGGUUAUUAGGGAUAAGUGUCUUUAGACAAUCUGGUUAUUAUCUGGGCACUAUUAUGUGUCUAAAUUAUAUCCAUCACUUUAGAUAUGUAAUUAUGGCAAUCUUU